AUGGUACUACAGUAUGAUGAGAGCGUUCGCAACCUGCUGUAUCGGAGAUCAUGCCAAUACACGCAGGGUGAGCGCUCUGGAGGCCACGUCGAGGAGGCCGCCGACCUCGUCGAGAAGGUGAAGAGCUUCACCAAGCGUUAUCCGAAUAGUCGGACAGCUUAUGCUUGCAGAGCUGAGGGGGGAUGCACUCCCGACGCUAUCGCUGAAGCCAUCCGCUCGACAUGUCGGCAGGCGAGACGCGACCUGUUUGAAGACUCUCUGAGCGAAUGGAGCUCAGAGUCGAGAGCAUGGUUUAUUCAACAGAUGGAGGAGGCCAAGAAGCAGAAUGUCGAGACAUACAUCGGCACCGAAGGCACCGAGGGGACGUCCUUCAUCUCCAUGACUCUCCUAGGGAUUUCCUCGAUGUUUGUUCGACAAGAAGAAAAGUUGAAAACGAAGCUUAUGGAGCUGGAUCUCAUGGUAGACUCAGUCGAUGGAGUCGACAAGGCCAUCAUGUGGAAAGCACCUUACAGACCUGAGAUAGCACGAGCAGACGACAUCUCAGUCACCGUCUCCUUCCUUCGGAAUGAAGCAGCCAUGGAGCUAUGGGAAGGCAGGAGAGAAUACACCAUAGACGGCAGAUCGUUUCGAGCCACAGAGGUCAGCAUUGCACACGACCGGUCCUUCAAGCUUCGAGCCAAGCGAGGACCUUGGGGCAAGGGAGGGAGCCUUGCCGAGCUAUCGCAGCUCCUAGCUCUCGGAGGAAUGUCGACGGCCGAGAUCGCUCAGAUUUAUCGAUUUCAGCUGCUCUCGCAAUCUCUUGCAGCCGCAGAGGUACAACCGCUUGCCGGCAUGCUCGUCCAGGGUCCUGGGCAGAGAGGUCGCAAGGGGCCGAGCCCGAAGACGUAUGUCGCUAGCAAAAAGAGCUGGAGUGGAGAGAGCGAGGCGAUGGAGGGGGUGCAUCUCACUCUCAUCAGCGACGACGCCAAGCUCAGAGAGACGUUUGCAGUCGAGCUCACAGCCGACACCUUCGUGCCGAGGGGAAAGAUUGCCAAGCAGAGGAAGCUACUUCGCGAGAGAGAUCAUGCGGGGCGCAGCAGCUUUAGAGUACAGAUCAAGUCGAGGUCAAGCAUGAGCACAGGCCGCUUCUCGAGGAAGGAGAUGGAAGCGCUGUGCGGAGGAGGUAACACAUCGAUCACGAGAGUCAAGCGAGCCAUGUUGGAGUUAGCAAGAAGAACGAACCUCAAGCUGGUCAGCGUCGAGGUCGAGGAGGAUCGUGACACGCUCAGCUGGGAUGGGAGCCUGAUAGCUCUCUCCCUGGCGACCAAGGCAGAGGCUCGACGCCUGAUGGACGACAUGCCCUUCUACUUGGAAGGGAUCCUGGAAGUCAAGCUGGAAGCGGUGGGUUUUAAGCUCAGCUCUCAGCAUGAGGAGGAGAGGAGCCCGAGCAGCGAGGAGCAAGUCCAAGAGCCCCAAGGGCAGCAGCAAGGCGCUGGAUGGCUGGAGCUCAGCGACAUCGACAGGAUCACCAUGGAAGCAGCGUCGCCGUCAGGGCCAGUCGAUCAACAGGUCUUGCUCGACCUCUCGACGAUGCUCUUGGAGACAUCAGAGGAGGAGCUGCUAGCUGGCAAGCCGAUCUCCCUGGAGCUAGACAAGAGUGUUGGCAAGCUGCAUGACACCUUCUGCUCGCCGGGCAACGUGGAGUUCAUGACGCUCGGAGCUUGGGCAGCCACGCCGACGCUGGGAUCGAAGCGAAACAUGUUGAAAGAAAAGCUCAGAGCGUACCUCGGCGAGCAGCGCUGGACACGGGUGCAAGGGAAUAAGGCAGCGAGGAGGGGCAGCGCCUUCUCUCCAAGGGCAGCAGCGACUGAUGCGCUCGAGCAGGAGGCUGAGAGCGAUGACAUCGAGAGUCGAUCUGUAAGCCUCUUGUUUCUUGCGAUCAGUAAAUUUGCUGAGCACCAUGGGUUGAGCUGCACGGGCAAGGUCGACAAGCAAGACCGACUGCGGCUGAUGAUGAGGGAGGAAGUCGACAUGGAAGCUGAGGAGGGCGAGGGCGUGGAGGAGGAGGCCGGUGCAGGCCUCUCGCGCGCUUGA